CUGUGGCCCCCCUCUCACUCCCAGCAGCACAAACAUGUUUCCCUUCAACAUGAAACGGUUUGUCCAAGGUCCUAAUCUGCACGAGGAAUCCGUCGCUCGAAACACAGCACCAGCGACACACAUUAAACAAUUGAGUCUGAGUGGGGACGAAGUAAAGAAAUUUUAUGAGGACAUUAUCAGUACGCCAUCCUCUGGGAAUUGGGAAAUUACAAAUUCUGAUAAUAAUAAGUCCAUAAUUACUGUCCCAUCGUCACCCGCCUUAAGAAGGAAAUCAUCUCGUAGUAGUUCUUUAACCUCUUCUACCGCACACCAUCCUCCGGCGCCCCCUAAAAAGAGCUUGAACCAAUUAAUGGCACUUUGUGAAUCCAAUCAACAUUCAUAUCUUGAAGCUUACAUCAAUUCCCAACAGUCCACCCAAUCAACAAAAUUUGAUAUAAACGAGCAAGACAUUUAUGGUUGGAGUUUGCUCAUGUCUGCUGCAUGUGCCGGAGCGGAUGAUUGUGUUCGUUUUCUCCUUCGAAAUGGAGCAUCCCUUUCUCUCAAUGACAAGAAAGGAUUAACUGCUGUCGACCUUGCCAAAAAGAAUAAGAGAAGUGAAACUGUAUCGAUUCUGAACGAGUGGAAGCAAGUUUAUGGAAAUGGCAGUGUUAUACUUAUCGACAUAGACGAAGAUGAUGAUAAUGACGCUUGUUUGGAAUCACGCCCCAUAUUUUGUGAAGCAUGUAACCAAGCAUUUACCAAUCAAAAGACGCAUCUCAAAUCUAUCGCACACCUUUUAUCUUCUGGUGAAUUACAUAAUACAGAAGGAAAAGUCCACUACGGAAUUCCAGAAUCUAAUCGGGGUUUCCAGCUCAUGUUAAAGACGGGGUGGGACAAGUCUUCCGGAUUAGGACCAGACGGACAAGGAAAAAAGUUUCCAAUAAAAACCGUGUUGAAAAGGGACCGACAAGGAGUUGGGAAUGAGAGGGAUAAAAAGCUGGCGAGAAUAACUCAUUUUGCUCCAUUUGAUCUCACAGCCGUCGAAGGACAAAAACGCGCUGAGCGAGUUGCUACAGUAGAGAGAAAGGAACAAUUCAAGAGGAAGUCGAAAGAAACGCGGAAAGAAAUUAAGUAUAGGAGGCAACUCAGCUCACUCUAAAGAGGUAAA